AUGGCUGAGGAGAGGUUGACUAUGUUAUGGGAAGGUCUCAAACUCACAGAGGAAGAGGAACAAGUAGUUCUUCUCUAUGAUCAAUCCCUGCAAGAGGCAUAUUGGAAGGGGAAACACUGCCUCAUGUCUCUGGUUACAUCUGAUAAGCCGAUCAACAUUGAAGCUUUCAAAAAAACUAUGGCAUUGGUAUGGAGGUUGGAGGGAUGGGUGGAGUUCUUGGUGACUAGUGACAACUCCUUUUUCAUUGAGUUCCAAAUGUUGGUAGAUAAGGAGAAAGUCUUAAAAGGUCGUUUGUGGACUUUUGAUCGUUUUCUAGUUGCUUUGCAAGAAGUAGAUGGCAGCCUCCCUUUUAAUGCUAUCUCCUUUACUCAUGAGUCGUUCUGGGUGCAACUUCAUAACAUGCCUUUAUUAGGUAUGAACCAGGAGUAUGGGAAGCUUGUUGCGUCUGCAAUUGGCAAUGUGCUCUUUGUUGAAGUGAAAGAAGAUGGGAUGGGUUGGGGAAGAAGCCUUCGUGUGAAAGCUGAGGUGAAUCUCACAAAAGCCUUGGUGCGUGGUAGAUGGGUGCAAGGUGGUGACCAGAGGACCUGGAUAGCUUUCAAAUAUGAAAGAUUACAAAAUUUUUGUUUCAAAUGUGGAGUCUUGAAGCACAAAGGUAAAAGUUGUCCCUUAAUGCAUAGAGAUGAUGGUGAGGCGAUUCAAUUUGGACCUUGGCUGAGAGCCACUCCAUCUAAAACCAGGUUGUCUGAAUCCAGGAAGUAUGGUGGCGAUGGUAGUUUUGAUUAA